CUGCUUGGAAUUGCAGGCGGGACACCGCAGCAUCUUCAGCAUGGGGACGCACAACGAUUCGCAUCGGCGAAUUCUUCAUCAAACAACUCACCAAUUCCGCUUCAUCUACAACAGCAACAAUUUUCUCAAAAUGUGGAAGGUAGUGAUCGCCCUGUUCCUCCUACUUGUGGGGCUGAAACUAUCUCCUCGCAACCUAAAUCAAUCUACGAACAAACACCUUUCUCACAAGCAGAUGGUAGUUAUUCUGGGCAGUCUCCUUUUUCGGUAGGUGCUAUGCAGACGACCACCAACAUGCCGAGAAGUAAUGAGCAGACAUCUGCACUUGAAAGUACGUUUGAUCCGUUUUCGACGCAACAGCAAGGGCAAGCUAAAAUAGGCAGCGAUAUUGACUCCGCUCUGUCGAAUCUCGCGGAUAAUCUUUCUAUAAGCGGAAACAAUCAAGGGCGCCCUGUGCAGUGGGGUGGAACUCAACAACAAGGUACGGCACAGAUGCAGAUUCCUUCCUCGGUCCCUGCGCCUUCUGUUGGCGCUCCUCCAAUGGCUACAUAUGGAGCUCCCUCCCAGUAUACUACACCAUUUGGGCAAUACGCUCCACAAGCUUAUCCUGGCGGACACAUGCCGCAGUGGCAGGUUCAACCACAUGUCUUCCCAGCCCCGCAGCACACUCAAGGCCCACCAUCUGGUUACCCUGUCUAUGGAGGAGCUGCUAUGGGAUACGGACAAGUAUCCCAACCUCAUCCUCAACCAGGACAAGAUCCUUUUGGAUUUUGA